AUGGACAUAGUAAGACUCGCUUGGGCUGCUUUGAUGAUAAUCUUUACAUUUUCACUCGUAGUGUGGGGAAGAAGUGGACUUUAG